AUGGCUUCUUCAAGUGGCCUUGAGACUGACUACAUAACUUUAACUCGAUUCAUUCUUCAAGAGCAACGAAAAUGUCCAAAUGCAACCGGUGAACUGACCCAACUUAUGAAUGGUCUUCAGACGGCUAUAAAAGCUGUCUCAAAUGCUGUCCGUAAGGCAGGAAUGAUAAAUCUUUAUGGUCUAACUGGUUCCAGUAAUAUACAAGGUGAAGAGGUGAAAAAGUUGGAUGUUUUAUCCAAUGAAUUAUUUAUCAAUAUGCUUAAAUCAUCUUAUUCAACUUGUUUACUGGUUUCUGAAGAAAAUGAUCAAGUCAUAGUUGUAGAACCAGAAAGACAGGGAAAGUAUAUUGUCUGUUUUGAUCCGUUAGAUGGUUCCUCAAAUAUUGACUGUUUAGGCUCAAUUGGUUCAAUAUUCCUCAUUCUGCGUUCACCAUCACAAGGUGAAAAGGGUGGAACAUCACCUGAUAUAGCCUUACAGUCAGGCCGUCAAACCGUUGCUGCUGGUUACGCCUUAUACGGUAGUGCUACAAUGCUAGUACUGAGUGUUGGAACUGGUGUCAACGGCUUUACACUGGAUCCAGCAAUUGGAGAAUUUAUCCUAACACAUCCUAAUAUUCGUAUAAAACCACGUGGAAAUAUUUAUUCAAUUAAUGAAGGUUAUGCUAGCCUAUGGGAUAAAGCAAUUACAGAGUAUGUGAAAAGAAAAAAAUUCCCAGAAUCUGGUAAACCGUAUGGUGCUCGUUAUAUUGGAUCUAUGGUAGCUGAUGUUCAUCGUACUUUAGUGUAUGGUGGAAUUUUUCUUUAUCCAGCGACUAAAGCAUCACCUAAAGGAAAAUUGAGACUUCUCUAUGAAUGUAAUCCAAUGGCAUAUAUUAUGGAACAAGCUGGUGGUAUGGCAACCAAUGGAAAAAUACCCAUCUUAGAUAUUCAACCACAAAGUAUACAUGAUCGAUCGCCGAUAUUUCUUGGUAGUAAAGAAGAUGUCAAUGAAUUAAUGGAACUUAUUGAAAAAUGUUGA